GCAUUUUAAUGAGGAGACAUCUUAAUUGAGAGAAGUAGAACAAUGAAUUAUUCAUAUAAUGCUUCCUUCUACACAGCAAUAUCGACAUCAAAAUAGUCUGCACUCCCCUUCACCAUAUCCACCCGAGAUUCGACCUGAAAAAAUAAGCAAAGCCAUGGCUGUCCGCUUAAAACAGCUGCUGCUGAUGGUGGCUGCUGCCAUUUAUACAAAAGCAGCAACUCAACCGAUGUCACUACCAAACUGUCCAACAAAGUGUGGUUCUGUCACCAUUCCCUUCCCAUUUGGGACCACCGAGAAUUGUUCCCUCGACAACACCUUUCUCAUUAAUUGCAAUCAAACAUCUUCAACUCCAACCUCAACAAACAUACCUUUCUUGGAAAAGAGUAAUCAAACUGUCCUAAAUAUCUCACUCAAUGGUGAAUUGCGCGUUGCAUGGCCGGUAGCUAGUGAUUGCUACGCAGAAAAGAGCAAACGUGUGAACCAAACAGUUAAGCAUGUCAACAUGACAAAUUUUCAGAUCUCACCAACUCGAAACAAGUUGACAGCAGUUGGCUGUGACACGAUUGGAGCACUCUCAGCAAAUGAUUCUGGGGGAAACAACUACACCACAGGAUGUGUGGCUUUGUGCAACAGGCUUGAUGAUAUCGUGGCCAAUCAAUCUUGCUCAGGUACUGGUUGUUGCGAGAUUUCAAUACCCCAAGGUCAUGUGUUAACAGAAAUAGCCUAUGGUUCUGGAGGCCUAUUCAACAAUCACUCAUCAGUACAUGACUUCAAUCCAUGUGGUUAUGCUUUUGUGGUUGAAAAUGGAGCCUACAGCUUCUCAUCCACAGACCUUCCCAAGUUGAAAAAGAAGGAGUUUCCUGUGUUGUUAGACUGGGCAGUAGGGAACCAAACGUGCCAGCAAGCUCAGAAGGAUCUUUUCAGUUAUGCAUGUAAGGCCGACAAAAGUACAUGUUACGAUUCAACCGAGAGAUCUGGCUACCUUUGCAGAUGCUUUCAUGGAUAUUGGGGAAAUCCAUACCUCAUUCACGGUUGUCAAGAUAUUAAUGAAUGCAUGGAAGCCAAUGACUGCGUUGAGGAGGCAACAUGCAUCAAUCUUCUUGGAAGCUACCAUUGUUUAUGCCCGGCAGAAUAUGAGGGAGAUGGGAAAAAUAAUGGAACAAGAUGCAAUAAAAAAUCCAGUACCAAAGGAAGGAAAGAAAUCAUAAUGAUCAUUGCACUGAGUGUCAGCAUAAGUCUCGUAGGACUAUUAGUCGGAAGCUUUUAUGUGUAUUGGGCAUUGAAGAAAAGAAAGCUCGUUAAACUUAAAGAACAAUUUUUUCAACAAAACGGUGGCUUACUGUUACAACAACAGAUAGUGAGGCAUAGAGGGUCAACUGAAACAACUAAAGUGUUCACUGUUGAGGAGCUAAAUGAAGCAACAGACAACUUCAACGAAGACAGGAUCCUAGGCCAAGGAGGUCAGGGAACAGUUUACAAAGGAGUUUUACAAGAUAAAAGAAUUGUAGCAAUAAAGAAGUCAAAAAUAAGUGACCCAAACCAGAUUGAGCCGUUCAUCAAUGAAGUGAUUGUGCUUUCACAAAUAAACCAUAGAAAUGUGGUAAAGCUUUUGGGUUGUUGUUUAGAGACAGAAAUUCCCUUGCUUGUUUAUGAAUUCAUUCCCAAUGGUACUGUUUAUGAGCAUCUUCAUGACCAAAACCAAUCUUUAAAGCUAACAUGGAAAACAAGAUUGAGAAUAGCAAAAGAAACUGCUGGAGUCUUGGCAUACUUGCAUUCUGCUGCUUCUACACCAAUAAUACAUAGAGAUGUGAAAUCUACAAAUAUACUACUAGACAGCAAUCUCACUGCAAAGGUUUCUGACUUUGGAGCUUCGAGGAUCAUUCCUCUUGAUCAAACUCAGAUAACCACUUUAGUGCAAGGGACAUUGGGGUAUCUUGACCCAGAAUACUUCCACACAAGCCAAUUAACAGAGAAGAGUGACGUCUAUAGCUUUGGGGUUGUCCUAGCAGAGCUACUGACAGGAAAGAAGGCACUAUCUUUUGGCAGGCCAGAGGUUGACAGAAACCUUGCAGUGUACUUUGUUUCUUCAUUGAAAGAGGGCCGAUUACUUCAAAUUUUGGACAGAAAUAUAGAUGAGGAAAAUAUUGAGCAAUUAAAGGAAGUUUCCCACAUCGCAGAAGAGUGUUUGAGGGUGAAGGGUGAGGAAAGACCCACCAUGAAAGAAGUGGCAAUGGGACUAGAGGGAAUAUUAGUUAUUGAACAGCACCGUUGGGGAAGUGACAAUUUGUCUUCAGAAGAGACUGAAAACUUGCUCAAAACAGCGCCGUCCAUUAUCAAUGUUGAAGAUGGUGUGGGCGGAAGUGGAAUUAAUUCUUCCGACUCAUAUAGCAUAAACCAAAUUUCAAUUUCUUUGAAUGGUGGAAGAUGAUUAGUUAUUAUUUUUAGGAUAGGCAAAAUAUAUGUUAGAUAAGUAUUUUUUAUCCUUCAUUUUCACUAGGGUUUGAUCCCCACCCUUUUUCUCCUUCGGCUUCUUAAGCCCUUAAUUCCAAACCAGUUGAGCUACCCAGCUUUCCGAUUAGGUUAUAUUAAUUUAUCUCCAUUAUAAUAAUGUUGUAGUAUAUGCUGUAUUUCCCCUCUAUAUUGGACAUGAUAUUCAUAUUUGUAUGGAUGUAAAUAUAGGGUUUUCAAUUGAG